GGGCAAAAAAAAAAAAUUGUAUGAAGCAAGAGAAGAGUACACCACCACCUUAAGAGCUAUUGAAGAACUCUGAUCAGGCAGGGUAAAGGGUGAGAUCGAUCAAUCAACGCCGUGAAACGAGAUUAAUCUUCAUCUGAUCGGGUUAGGUACCUCUCUCUUUCAAUAUCUAUCAUGGAGAAAGAACAGAAGGAAUGUGCCGAGGUAGAAAAUGAUCGGGAUCCUGUCGAAGGAAACGAACCCAACGAAGAACUGGAGCUGGUUCUCUUUCAAGUGCCCGAAUGUUAUGUUUAUUUGAUACCUCCCAGAAAGAGUGCAGCAUCAUACAGGGCUGAUGAAUGGGAUGUUAAUAAGUGGACAUGGGAAGGGGCACUGAAAGUUUAUAGCAAGGGAGAGGAGUGCAUUAUCAAACUUGAAGAUAAAACAACAGGUGAAUUAUAUGCUCGAGCCUUCCUGAGAGAUGGAGAACCACAUCCAGUGGAGGCUGUAAUUGAUAGUAGCAGAUAUUUUGUCCUCCGUAUAGAAGAAAACAUUGAUGGCCGUCUUCGACAUGCUUUUAUUGGCAUAGGUUUCAGGGAAAGAACACAGGCAUAUGACUUCCAGGCUGCUCUUCAUGACCAUAUGAAGUACCUAGAGAAAAAGAAAACGGCAGAAGACAUGGAGCAACAUUACCAGAAUGAAUCAUCAGUUGAUUACAGUCUGAAAGAGGGGGAGACUAUUGUACUUAAGCUAAAGAAUAAAGGCAGUUCUAUUGGGGAAGGUGUAAGUAAUCUGACUCUGGAGGAAAAAGUAACGAAAAAAGAAGGGAUUCUGUCAAUAAAACCACUGCCACUUCCUCCUGCACCACCUUCUCGGUCCACUCCGAUGACAACAACUCCAUUAGGCUCUCCUUCAAGCUCUAAGGAAGCUGAUGAUGAUGACUGGAAUAAGGCAAAUGAUGAUGAAGUAGUACCUUCCAUUGAAAACAAAAGUCUACCUGAUGAGGAUUUCGGGGAUUUUCAGGUAGCAACUUAAUCUGCUUAUGGAAUUUAAUUACUGACUUUUUUUUCUUCUAUAUUUGGUGAUGUAUCAAAGUUUGAGAAUUAUUGUAAAAGUUGAUGUUCUUUUAUAAAGGAAAGUAUAAUUAUACAUCUUUUGG